AUGGACUGCGAUAUCUGCCAUCGCAUUCACGACCCAGAGCGUCUUCCGUUUCUGUGCACCUUGGACGCCAGAAACUCGCUUCUCGAUGGUCGCAUAACCAAUGUGGAACUUCUCCUGCAGAACGAGAGUCUCCAAAAUGAAAUAAACGAACUAUUAGAUGAGACGACCGCCCCAAACAAGUUUCACAGAGAAUCACUACAGGCACAACAACGAACAGCUGAAGAUAGGACGACCCAGAUUUUGGCCGCUGCCGAUAAGCUCAGAAAUGACAUCAAAGCUGCCAGAGAAGAGAUCCAGGCCCGGAAGGCUGCGCUCUCUCGUCGCAAGUCGGAUAUUGCAGCUGUGUCUGGUGGUCUGGUUGAGCGCAGAGUGAAACAGCAAAAAGAUAUAGAAACGGACAUUGGCAGACUUAGGUAUAAGUGGUCUCGCAGCGCUGGCGACAUGGCUCGUACGCGAUCUUUUCUCUGUAUGGAGGCAGCCCGGCUAUAUGGACUUGAACGUGUCAAAGAAGGCUCUACUGGUAAAUAUGAGUAUUACCUUGGCGGGAUUCCCGUUGUUGAUUUGGCCACAAUGAACUGUAGGCUCUCCCACGACUUUUUCGACUAUGUACUAACUCCCUUUACAGCAUCAACACCAGAGAUGAUUUCAACAUCUCUCAGCCACAUUUGUCAUAUCCUGAUGCUCGUAUCACACUAUCUUUCAAUUCGUCUUCCUGCGGCAAUUACUCUUCCUCACCGCGACUACCCACGACCAACCAUCUUCAAUCUCUCUGCUUCUUACAGAUCUGGGGAUCCAGUAUAUCCUAGUCAGACAGGAGCAGGGAAUCCUUCUCAGUCCGGAGACACAGAGUCCCAGCGUGUUUCACGUCCAAGACCUCUUUUCAUUGACAAGCCACCAGCGCUGUUGGCCAAGGAAGAUCCAGCAACCUUUUCAUAUUUCAUAGAAGGUGUGACUCUGCUCGCCUACAACAUCGCCUGGGCUUGCAGUACGCAAGGUGUUUCGAUAGGUGAUGGGACUCACUUUGAAGACAUUUGCAAUAUGGGGCGCAAUUUACACGAGCUCCUCACAAAUCACCAAAAUGUUGGUGCAAAUAUCUAUCCUUCAUCAUCUAACAAGAAGGAUCCCAGCGCAUCCAAGAAUGAAACUGAUGCCCAUGCCAGCCGCAUGGGACAAUAUUCCCACGGCACAACUUUCUACUACCUGGGCGGAGCUGAAGGUACCGAGUUCAGUAAGACAUUCAAGCUUCCCGGUCCGAUGAAAUUGGCCGACAAGCUGAGGAAGAAGCUGCUCAGUGAGGCGCCUGCCCCUGACUGGGAAGUUCUGGAUGAUGAUGCAUGGAAAGUUGAAGAAGAGGUUGUUGAUAUGAAUCAAGCCAACAAAGACUUGCGAGGUGGCGAUAAGAAUUCCGCCGUUCGGGGAACGAGUGGCUGGAUGAAGGUAAAGAAUAGAUAA